AUGACUUUUACUACUGUUUCUCCUCGCACUGAACCUUACAACUUGACUGAAAAGCAAGUUCAAGACUACAAAAAUGACGGGUAUCUCUUAAUUGAAGAUUUCUUCUCUGCUGAGGAGCACCAAACUCUUGAAAACUAUUGCAUUGAAUUUCAAACUUGGAAUAAAGAAAAAGGAAAAUGGAUGCAAUAUUAUGAGCCCAACGUCGUAACAGGUCAAGAUCAGCUUUGCCGUAUUGAAAACUUUACGCCUUAUCAUUCAGGCAUGAAAGACUAUGUUUAUAAUUCUCGACUUUUAGAGGUCCUUGAAAAGCUCCACGGUGAAAAGUAUAUCUUGUUCAAGGAGAAGGUCAAUUAUAAAUUGUCUGGUGGUAGUGGAUUCCCUCCUCAUCAAGAUGCCCCAGCUUUUGUUCAGUUCGGACAGUCUACUCACAUGACUGUUAUGUUUUCUAUUGAUGCUACUACGGCUGCUAAUGGCUGUUUGGAAGUUGUUCCUGGCUCACAUAGAAAUGAACAUGAAAGAAGAAUCCUUCCUCAGGAGAAGCAUGAUGGUUCAAUUUCAACGGACUGGGUUAAUACGCAUGAAUGGAAGCCUGUUCAUUGUAAAGCUGGGUCUGUCUUGAUUUUUGGAGCCUAUCUUGCCCAUCGAUCCGGCGAUAAUGUGACCGAUAAGUCUCGAAAGGCUGUUUACUUGACGUAUAACGCUGCUAAAGAAGGUGAUGUACGUGAUCACUAUUACCAAGAAAAGCGCAAGCAUUUUCCUCCAUCAUAUGAACGCGAAGAGGGAAAAGAUUAUAGCAAGGGUGCAAUUAUUUAUAAUCUUGCAACACCUAUUCGUUCUUAA